UUGUAAUAUGUGCGUAGCGCAUCCAAUACACCGUCUGUAGUAUUAGGACAUGGACAUGGACAUGACAAAAGCUGAGAGCAAAAUGCCGUUAAUUACAUAGCGACACCAACCUUAUAUAACUCGAAUGGCAACAUUGAUGCACCCAUCAGCAAGCGUAUAAAUCUACCAAUCAUAUAUCAUACGCUGCAGACAGUGCACAGGAGCAGAGGAGCUCAAGCCAAAGCACACAUGGCGGCCAACAACAGGCAUGGCUUCCUUGCAAUCCUGCUCCUGUCCUUGCUGAGCUUGGCGCCGCUGCGGUCGCGCGCCCAGACGACGCCGACGACGCCAUCGUCUUCGUUCCCCGUCAAUGUGUGGCCCAAGCCGGUGUCCAUGUCGUGGGCGGAGCCACUCAUGGCCAUGACGUUCUCCCCGUCGUUCCGCAUCGUCGUCGCGCCUUCGUCCGGGGAACAAAACCCCUACCUCGUCUCCGCCGCGCAGCGCUACACGGCGCUGCUCUUCACCGAGCGGUACCGGCCCAUCGUCCGGCCCGCGGCCAACGUCACGGCCCAAACCGCGCUCGAGAGCCUGACCCUGGCCGUGUCCGACCCCCAGGCCCCGCUCCAGGACGGCGUGGACGAGUCCUACGCGCUCCAGAUCCCGCUCGCGGGCGGCGCGGCCACGCUCACGGCGUCCACGGCCUGGGGCGCCAUGCGCGGGCUCGAGACGUUCUCGCAGCUGACGUGGAGAGCCGGGAGCACGAAGGCGGAGCAGCUGGUGGUUGCCGCUGGCGUGCGCGUGGAGGACCGACCGCUGUACCAGCACCGCGGGCUGAUGCUGGACACCGGGAGGACGUACUUCCCCGUCGCCGACAUCCUGCGGACCAUCGACGCCAUGGCCGGCAACAAGAUGAACGUCUUCCACUGGCACAUCACGGACUCCCAGUCGUUCCCCAUCGAGCUCCCCUCCGAGCCGGCGCUCGCCGAGAAGGGCGCCUACGGGGACGACAUGCGGUACACCGUGGAGGACGUCACGCGCAUCGUCGAGUUCGCCAUGAGCCGCGGCGUCCGCGUCGUGCCUGAGAUCGACGCGCCAGGGCACACGGCGUCGUGGGCCGGGGCGUACCCGGAGGUGGUGUCGUGCGCGGGGAAGUUCUGGCUGCCCGACGCGAACGACUGGGGCAGCAGGCUGGCGGCGGAGCCGGGUUCGGGACAGCUGAACCCGCUGAAGGCCAAGACGUUCGAGGUCAUGGCCAACGUCAUCAACGACGUCACCUCCCUGUUCCCGGACGGAUUCUACCACGCGGGCGCGGACGAGGUGACCCCGGGCUGCUGGCAAGCGGACCCAUCGAUCCAGGCCGACAUCGCCAACGGCGGCACGCUGAGCCAGCUCCUGGAAAAGUACGUGCGCGCCGUGCACCCGCACGUGGUGUCCAAGAACCGCACGGCCGUGUUCUGGGAGGAUGUGCUCCUGGACGCCACCGUGAACGUGAGCGCGUCGCUGAUCCCGCCGGCGACCACCAUCCUGCAGACGUGGAACAACGGGUCCAACAACACGAAGCUGAUCGUGCAGGCCGGGUACAGGGCCAUCGUCUCCUCGGCGUCCUUCUACUACCUGGACUGCGGCCACGGCGACUUCGUGGGUAACAACGCGGUGUACGACGACCCGAGGAGCGACUACGACACCAAUGGGGGUUCCUGGUGUGGGCCGUUCAAGACGUGGCAGCGGGUGUACGACUACGACAUCGCGCACGGGCUCACGGCGGAGGAGGCGAAGCUGGUCAUCGGCGGGGAGGUGGCGCUGUGGACGGAGCAGGCCGACACGACCGUGCUGGACGCCAGGAUUUGGCCCAGGGCUUCGGCCAUGGCAGAGGCGCUGUGGUCGGGGAACCGCGACGCGACCGGCAAGAAACGGUACGCCGAGGCCACGGACCGACUCAACGACUGGCGGCAGCGCAUGGUGGGGAGAGGGGUCCGCGCCGAGCCCAUCCAGCCGCUCUGGUGCCGGACACGCCCCGGAAUGUGCGACCUGGUUCGGUAAGGACAUUACCCGGCAUUCCGGCAUCCCGGCAAUGGAAAAGUCAUGAGAGUUGUAAGAACAAUGUUGUUUUGUUCUUGUUGUGUGAUUGUGCGAGAGGAUUCUACUACCGGUAGUGCCAUUUCUGCUUGUCGAUUUGUUCUUUGAUUUUUUAUGUGUGAAGUGGAAGGCAUGUUAUGUUUAUCUAA